AACUUUUGAAACUCAACAGCGUCGUUGGCCGGUUGUGUUACGCGCCUGUCAGUAGGCAUUAUUUCAUUUAUUUUAAUGUUGUCAUUAGCCUGACACUUUUAUCUUGUGGCGGCUGCGCGUUUAAACAACAAUGGGAGAAGAGUCGGCUGUUAAAGUGUGUGUUCGCGUCCGGCCGCUUAUUGCGAGGGAGGAAAGUGUCCCAUCAGAGAAUGCUGAGCCUGUCCAGCUGUUUUGGAAAACUGAUAAGAAAUCAGUUCAUCAGAUUGAUGAUGGGAAUACCACCAAGAGCUUUAGUUUUGAUCGAGUGUUUGCUGCUGAAGAAACAACCAAUCAUCUGUACCAGGACAUUGCAAAGCCUUUGGUUGUCUCCACUGUUGAGGGAUACAAUGGAACCAUAUUCGCUUAUGGGCAGACUUCUUCUGGAAAGACUUUCACCAUGAUGGGGAGUGACCAUAUUCCUGGAGUGAUACCACUGGCUGUGGAAGAUGUCUUUCAAACCAUUAAAAAUUGUCCAAAGAAGGAGUUCCUUCUCCGUGUGUCUUACAUGGAAAUCUACAACGAGACUGUGACUGAUCUGCUUGUCGACAGCUGGAAGCGUAAACCUCUGGAAGUCCGAGAGGCAAUUAAUAAAAACAUUUAUGUGGCUGACCUGACUGAGGAACUUGUUACAUCUCCUGCACAAGCCCUGGCCUGGAUUCGGAAAGGAGAAAAGAAUCGGCACUAUGGGAAAACAAAAAUGAACCAGCGGAGCAGCCGCUCACAUGCAAUUUUUCGAAUGAUUCUAGAGAGUCGAGAAAGGAGUGAGCCGGGAUCAGGGGAAAAUGCAGAUGGUGCUAUUAUUGUGUCCCAUUUGAAUUUAGUUGAUUUAGCUGGAUCUGAGAGGGCAAGUCAGACUGGAGCUGAAGGCACACGUUUCAAAGAAGGUUGCAAUAUCAACCGCAGCCUGUUCACACUGGGCCAAGUCAUCAAGAAACUGACUGAUGAAAGCCAGAAGGGUUUCACUAACUACAGAGACAGUAAAUUAACCCGCAUCCUGCAAAACUCUUUGGGUGGAAACGCCAAAACCGUCAUCAUCUGUACCAUCACUCCAGCUGCUCUAGAUGAGACCCUCAGCACAUUACAGUUUGCCAGCACUGCAAAGAAAAUGAAGAACGAUCCUCAUGUGACAGAGGUGUCCGAUGACGGCGCUCUGCUCAAAAGAUACCGCAAUGAAAUUGUGGACCUGAAGCGUCGACUUCAAGAGGUUUCUUCAGUCACACAGACCACAGUCACUGAGAAGGAGGUUCUCGCCCAUCUGCUCCAAGAGAAGGAUCAGCUCCAGAGAGAACAAGAGGACAGGAUUAGAAACCUGACCAGACUCAUGGUCACCAGCUCUGACCUGGUUCCUGUUAAGAAGAUGCCUAAACGCAGAGUUACAUGGGGAGGAAAGAUGGUCAGACUGGGCCGUCCAUCGCUCUGUGGUAGUGGCUCAUCUGACCUAAGCUUUGCGGACCCCUUUACCCUGAAGAGGAAAGCUGGACACUCGUGUCUGAUGGAGAUGACUGAGGAUGAUGAGGACUUUGACGUUCACUGGGACGUUCCAGAUGAGCCAUCAGAUGAAAUGGAAACCACUCAGAGCUCUGUGGCAGUUAGAAGCUUUGAGUACAGUCCCAAAGAUGCGUCUCCAGACUGGAUGAGUGACAUUUCACAGAAAGUAUCCAACCUGGAGCUACAACUUGAAAUGGAGAGUCAACAGAAAGAGGAGGCCAUGACUAAAGUGACGGAAUUAGAGAGCAGAGUGUCAGAGCUGCAGCUGCAGCUCCAAACAGAGGGUCAGCUGAAACAUGAAGCCUUGGGGAACAUGGAGACAGCAGAAAAGAGGGCAGCAGAGCAUGAGCUGCUACAACAAACCGAAGCUCAGCAGAAGCUGGAGGCCGUGGAGAAGGUGACAAUGUUGGAUUUGAGAGUGGCAGACCUAGAGAGACAGCUGGAAUCCCAGAGCCAUGCUCUGACCGAAAAUGAACAGAUGAGAAGAGAGUUUGCAGAAACCAUCCAGCUCCUUGAAACUCUCGCUUCAGAGAAGGACCUGGCCAUCACUGAGCGAGACUAUCUGAGGCAGGAGCUGGGUAUCUUCAUCGAGCGCAUUGAGCUUUUGGAGAAGGAGAAAGCUGCUCUGACACAGGAGCUGGAGGAGAAGAGGGAGACUGAAGAGUUCAAAUCUCUGGAGGACGAGUUCAUGAAGGAGCACGAGAACGAGUUGAAAAAUGAAAUGCUCAGCUUGAAAAAGUCCUUUGAGUCGUCUGAGGUCAAAUGCCUGGAGUUUCAGAACAAAGUAGAAACUCUGUCUGAGGAGCUAAAGAAGAAAAGUGAAUUUGCAGAGGAACUUCAUAGUAUGAGUGGUAAGGACCUUGUGCAGGAGGUGGCAAAGCUUCGUCGCUCACUGGAUGAUGCAGAGGGAGUCAGCAGAGACACAAAGAAGGAGUGGGCUUUCCUGCGCAGUCACAACAUUGCUCUUGAGGAGAUGAAUGUGACCUUCACUGCCAACCACAAAAGGAUGGAGGCAGAGGUGAACAGCCUGCGUUCUCAACUUGAAAAGGAGAAGUUACACUCCAAAAACAUGCAGAGUGACCUCCAAAAAGAGCUAAAUAUUGCCUUCAAUGAGAACACCAAGCUCACUGCUCUGCUAGAUGGGAAAGUCCCAAAAGAGCUGAUAGACUCUGUGGAACUGGAGAGAACAGUGACCAGUCUGAGUAAAGAGCUUACAGCAGCUCGUGAAGAAGAGGAAGCUCUCAGAGCUCAGCUACAGGAGCUGGCUUCACUUCAGACUCUGCCACAGAAGAUGGACAACAUGGUGAAGCAGCUGGAGGAGAGUGAGCAGCAAAGAGCGUCAGUGGUAAACAGACUGAAAGAGAUGCAGCAGCUAAUGGAGGAGGAGAAGCUUGCUGACAGUGAAGUUUCCAGAAGCACAGAGGAGGACAUCAGCGGAGAACUUCAGGAGCAGGAGCUUCAGUGUGUUCAGGGUAAGAAAGCGACUGAGCCAAUGGCUGGGGCUCAGAGCUCUGCAGAUGAGACGGAGAAGCUGCUCUCUACUGUUGCUGCUCUCAGUGCUGAGAGAGACCAGCUCAAGAUUGAUCUGCAGGAAAACAUAGAGAUGAUGAUUGAGAAUCAGGAGGAGCUGAGGACAGCUCUGGAGAAGAUACGUGAGCUGAAGGAGUGGAUCAAACAGCUGGAGACUGCUCAAACAUCCAAACAGGAUGCUUCUCUUACUCAUGUGUGUCCACAGCUGGAGGCACUACAAAAACAAGUGGAUGACCUGCAGGCAACGCUCCAGGUGGUCAACGAGCAGAAGCACGAGCUGGAAAGUGAUCUGCAGCACAACAUGAAAAUGGCUGCAGAGGUUCAAAGUAUUUUACAACCACUUCAGGAGCAGCUCCAAGAGCAGAACCAAAGGAACGUUGAUCUGGAAAGACAAAGUGCAGAGAGGCAAGCUCACCUAGAACAAAAGGUAACAGAGACAGAGAGUCUUCUUUGUUGUCUUCAAGAGGAACUGCAAGAGCAGAAGCAAAAUAACUCUGAUCUGGUGAAACAGAGGGUGCAGAAGGAAUCGGACUCGCAGCAGCAGACUAAGACUCUAACUGAGGAACUGGAGAAUACUCGAGCAGAGAGAGACACACUGUUGUUUGAGAAGGAAAAUGGCUGUCAGCUCUCCUCAGAGAAGGAGAACCUGCUGUGCAGAGUGAUGUCCCUCAGUGAGGACAGGGAUCAGCUGCAGGAGACACUGCACACACUGAGACAGGAGAAGCAGCAGCUCCGAGCAGAGCUGGAGGACAAGAUAGAGAUGAUGCAGUGUGACUUCCAGCUGCAGCUCUGCUCACAACCACAGUCACUAAAAGAAGAGCAGGAGGACCAGCAACAUCUACAGAUCCAAGAGCUGGAGAAGCAUCUGGAGAAGACUCAGGAGGAGGUCAACCAACUGAGGUCUGACCUGCAAGAGAAUGUAGAGCAGAUGAUCGAGAACCAGGAUGAGUUGAGGGCAUCUCAGGAGAAGGUCAGAGUUCUCCAGGAUCAAAUGAACAUUUUGAGGAGUCAUGUAUCAGAGCUGGAGAGCAGAACGAGCAGCAGUGGUGAUGCAGAGAAACUCCUACAGAUACAAGAGCUCCAGAAUCAGAUUAAGACUUUGACUGAGGAGCUUGAGAAUAUGAAAAUGGAGAGAGACCAUCUGCUGUCAGAGAGGACAACCUGCUGUCAGAGCACCCCCUCAGAGAGUGAGGAGACACGAGAGAAGCAGCAACUCAGAGCAGAGCUGGAGGACAAGAUGGAGACACUGCAGAGUGAGGUGAAGACUUUAACAGAGAAACUGCAGUGUAGUGAAACAGAGAGGGAUAAUCUACGCUCUGAGGUGGAAGCCAGCAGUCGGAGCACCUCCUCAGACAAGGAGAAGCUGCUGUGUCUCAGUGAGGAGAGGGAUCAUCUGCAGGAGACACUGAACACUCUGAGACAGGAGAAGCAGCAGCUCAGGGCAGAGCUGGAGGACAAGAUGGAGACACUGCAGAAUGAGAUGGCACAGCUGAACACCUCUCUAAUGACUGUUACUGAGCAGAAGAACCAGCUGGAAGAUGCCUUGCAGCAGAUCAUGGAUACGGCUUCCACAACACAAGAGCAUCUGCAGUCAGUCCAAGAGGAGCUGUUUGAACAGAAGCAGAAGAACGCUGACCUGCAGAGAGUGAGUGAGGAGAAGGAGAGCGCUCUCGUUCAACAGAUAAAGACUUUAGCAGAGAACAUGGAGAAGAUUGAAGCAGAGCAAAAUGAGGUAUCUGAGGAGAAGGAGAAGCUGCUGUGUCUCAGUGAGGAGAGGGAUCAUCUGCAGGAGACACUGAACACUCUGAGACAGGAGAAGCAGCAGCUCAGUGCAGAGCUGGAGGACAAGAUGGAGACACUGCAGAGUGAGGUGAAGACUUUAACAGAGAAACUACAGUGUAGUGAAACAGAGAGGGAUGAUCUACGCUCUGAGGUGGAAGCCAGCUGUCGGAGCACCUCCUCAGACAAGGAGAGGCUGCUGUGUCUCAGUGAGGAGAGGGAUCAUCUGCAGGAGACACUGAACACUCUGAGACAGGAGAAGCAGCAGCUCAGGGCAGAGCUGGAGGACAAGAUGGAGACACUGCAGAAUGAGAUGGCACAGCUGAACACCUCUCUAAUGACUGUUACUGAGCAGAAGAACCAGCUGGAAGAUGCCUUGCAGCAGAUCAUGGAUACGGCUUCCACAACACAAGAGCAUCUGCAGUCAGUCCAAGAGGAGCUGUUUGAACAGAAGCAGAAGAACGCUGACCUGCAGAGAGUGAGUGAGGAGAAGGAGAGCGCUCUCGUUCAACAGAUAAAGACUUUAGCAGAGAACAUGGAGAAGAUUGAAGCAGAGCAAAAUGAGGUAUCUGAGGAGAAGGAGAAGCUGCUGUGUCUCAGUGAGGAGAGGGAUCAUCUGCAGGAGACACUGAACACUCUGAGACAGGAGAAGCAGCAGCUCAGUGCAGAGCUGGAGGACAAGAUGGAGACACUGCAGAGUGAGGUGAAGACUUUAACAGAGAAACUGCAGUGUAGUGAAACAGAGAGGGAUGAUCUACGCUCUGAGAUGGAAGCCAGCAGUCGGAGCACCUCCUCAGACAAGGAGAGGCUGCUGUGUCUCAGUGAGGAGAGGGAUCAUCUGCAGGAGACACUGAACACUCUGAGACAGGAGAAGCAGCAGCUCAGGGCAGAGCUGGAGGACAAGAUGGAGACCAUCUCGGCCAUCGAGGAGAACCUGAGCAAGCAGGAUCAGUCUGAAAGAGAACAAAAGGCCAAUCUGCAACAGGAAGUGCAGCAGCUUGGAGUUAAAGAGACUCUGUCAUCACAGCUGCAUGACUCUACUGAGCAGCUUCAGGAGUCCUUCAGAGGGUUCAAGAACUUUAUAGACACUUGUCACGGCUAUAGCACCACACCCAGGGACAGGGCGCUCAGUGCGCAGGGUUCAAUGAAGCAUCUGUCCUCUCUUCCAAAAGCCACUAUGGAUGCCUACACCACGGUCUGUCGACUGGGUCUGCAGACUGUUCACACCCUGGGAAACAUCAUAGUGUGUCUUCAGUGGCACGCCCAGGACUACAGGGAUCUCUUUGAGGAGUUGGUGCAGAAAGACUUGGCUGUUUUUGAGGAGAGGCGUGUGCAGGAUGUGCUGCUGUGCAGAGCUCAGGCACCCAGUCUCUCUCUUGGAGAUGAGGACUUCCACUCACUGUGGGGACACAGACUGACUGAGCUGCUGGACAAGAGGCAGCUCUACAAGCAGAAAAUGGACAACAUUUUGGAGAGGCUGUGGGCCAACAUUCCCCCCUAUCCCAGUGAGUUGUCAGCUGAGGUCAGAGCGAGGGAGAGGUUCACGGAGCAGCUGAAGGCCACAUACAGCACCCAAUCUCUCAGUUUCAGUGAGCUGGACACAAUCCUCAACUGUGAACUGGAGCGUAGAGCUGCACUGACACACAACAAAGAGAUGACUCUGCAGAGUAUCAAGGAUGAACAGAGGCGUGUGAUGGAAGAGCUGUCGCUGCUGGUGGCUCACACUAAUUCUCAGUUGAAAGAGGAGAGAAGCAAAAGCUCCACUCUGCUGCAGGGGCUGGAUGAAGUUCCUCUUAAAGCAGAGCUCUCCCUGCUGAAGGACAACCAGCAGCUUGUUCUUCAGCUCCAGCAGAUGGAAAAAGAAGUCAAAACUCUAAAGGAACAGAAUGUGCAGCUGCAGGAGGCUCAGGUGGAAGCCAACAGCAGAGUGUCCAAACAGAAAGAGGCCACUCAGCUCCUGCAGACAGAGCUGCUGGACAGCCGUGCACACAACCAUGAGAAGGAGACGACCAUCCAAACACUCAGGAACAAAUUACAACAACAUGAGAAAAAAACAUCACCCAGUGCUGCAGAGCUGGAAAAACUGCAGACUAAAAUGUUUCAAAUGGAGGUGGAGUUGAGUUCAGCAUCUGAUAAACACCAACAAGAGAUCCACAGAAUGAACACAGUGUUGAAAGGAAAGGAAGAUUCACUGAGAAAGCUGAAGGAGAUCUUGAGAUCACAACAGCAGGGGGAGGGGUCAUUCCUGAAGGGUGAGGACCUUCACACUAAACUGACCAACCCUAGAGGUUUGGUGAUCAGGAGCAGUUUUCUGCAGGACAAGGCCAAACUGGAGGAGGAAGUGAAACAGCUUAAGUUGAAGAUAACGGAGUUGGAAAGCUUGGUUUCCACUCUGCAUACAGAAAUCGGGAAGUGGAAGAGCAGAGCCAUCAAGCUGAAGGUGAAGAGUAAAGUGGAAGUGGACAGGCCUUCAUCACCCUGCACUCCCACCAAGAGGUGCCUCCCAGUCACCUCAGAGUCCUCCACUUUCCUCAGCUCUCCCAAGAAGUUUGUGGUCACUCCCAAGAAGAUACUGGAGUCUUCCAGGAGAGCGAUGGAAUCUCCAAAUGUCACUCUGCCCGACUCCCCUAAAAGCAGAUUCUUUGACGUGUGUGGGAGCUCGGAGCUGCUGUCCACAUCCUGUCCCAAACCGUUCUUUGAUAACUCCAGCCUUGGCACCAUUCCAGAGGCUACCCAAGGUCCAGAUCCUCCAGAUGUAGAGAAGGAUGCAGAUGUUGGUGCAGCCAAAAAGGAGGAGUGGUGGCCUCAGUCUCCAAAACCAGAAGACAUGUGUCAGACACAGUGAACGUGUCUAUGUUGAAAUGGCUUUUAUUUGUUUUAUUGUUUUACUCCAUUUGUAAUAAAGGUUUAAUAUUCUAA